CUUUCAACAUUUCGUCUGCGAAAGCUUUCAAUUCAAAUAACUUUCGCAAACAAUAUCAAAAUGGGGCGAAAGAAGUUCAGGGGUGGUCGCAAAGGCGGUUCUAAUCGUGCUCCUCGAGGCGACGGCCCGGCGCCGUAUCGAUCCUACAACGAUAUCGUGAAGGAGAACAAGAACCUCGAAAAGUACUACAAUAGCGCUUUACCUUUUGAGGAUCAAGAAAGAUCCGAGUUUUGGGAAGCAUUGAAGAGGGAGCUACCUAAUUCGUUCCGUUUCUGCGGAUCGAAAGGCCACGCGCUCGAGGUCAAGCGACUUCUAGAAACGAGGUAUGCGCCUGAGAUCGUCAAGAUCGAGCGCUACGAUGGCGAGCCUGUACAGGCUCCUCAGCCGGUCCCUUGGUACCCCGACCAGCUCGCAUACUCCAUGAAUACCCCUAAGCAUGUCAUCCGCAAGUUUCCUCCCUUUGCCGCCUUCCAGAAGUUCCUAGUCUCGGAAACUACCGUUGGCAAUAUCAGCCGACAGGAAGUUGUCAGUAUGAUUCCGCCUCUACUGAUGGAUGUCGAGCCUGGAAUGACUGUUUUGGACCUCUGCGCCGCGCCCGGAAGCAAGGCUGCCCAAUUGCUCGAGAUGGUCCAUGCGGGAGAGGAGGCUAGAGUCCGGAAAUUCAUGCAGUCAUUCGGCGAGAAUAAGUCGGAGACCGUUGACGUUGACGUCGACCUUUCAGUGGAUGCCGGCGAUGACGGCCGCGCGACUGGACUACUCAUCGCCAAUGAUGCGGAUUAUAAGAGGAGUCACAUGCUUGUCCACCAACUUAAGCGACUUUCUUCCCCUAAUCUUCUCGUUACAAACCACGACGCAACUCUUUACCCCGCUAUCAAGCUGCCGUCUCACCCAGACCACCCGGAGAAGGGGCAAUACUUAAAAUUUGACAGGAUACUUGCAGACGUGCCCUGUUCAGGGGACGGGACUCUGAGGAAGAACAUCAACUUGUGGAAGGAUUGGCAACCGGGUAACGCAUUAGGACUUCAUCUCACCCAGGUUCGGAUUUUGGUUCGUGCUCUCCAGAUGCUGAAGGUUGGUGGUCGAGUCGUAUAUUCGACGUGCAGCAUGAAUCCCGUUGAGAACGAAGCGGUUGUUGUUUCCGCGAUCGAGCGCUGUGGCGGUCCCAGCAAGAUCCAGAUUGUCGACUGCAAAGAUAGACUUCCUCUACUGAAGCGAAGCCCGGGAAUGCACCAAUGGCAGAUUAUGGACAAAUCUGGCCGCGUUUGGAGCAGCUGGGAAGAAGUUCAGCAACACGUCCUAACAACGGAGGGUCAGAUACCCGGCAAGCUCACAGAAACCAUGUUCCCCAGGCCAGAUACUAGCGACUGUUCCGGCCUAGAGCUGGACCGUUGUAUGCGAGUGUACGCCCACCAACAGGAUACCGGCGGAUUUUUCAUCACAGUGCUAGAAAAGAAGGAGGAAUUCAAAGCCAAGCCAGAAGCUCGAAGUCGGGCCCCUGCCAACACCACCAGCACCAAUGGCGCUGACAAGGCAGAAACGGAAGCCAAGAUCGAGAUAGAAGAACAGAAGGCUGCUUUGGGCGAGCCAACUGAUGUACUGCCAACAGUUGGGGUUAAGAGGACUCUAGAUGAUGAAGCGGAGACACAAGUAGAUACCAAAAAGCAAAAAACUGCCUCGCCUCCAGGUGAGAUCUUGGAGGCUCAACUUGAAAUUGUCUCCGAAGUUGUUCCCGAAACAGAACAAGUAUCUUCGGAAUCUAAGCCGGAAGAAGCCAAACCGGAGCCCGAAACAACUCAAAAGAAUACCCAACCUGACCGAAAAGUCAAGCCCUCUGAUGGCAAUUACGAAGAGCCAUUCAAAUACUUACCACCAGACCAUCACGUCAUCCAGGAUAUUCAAAAGUUUUAUAAAGUAUCUCCAAGAUUUCCUUCAGAUCGAUUUAUGGUACGAAAUGCUACGGGCGAACCUGCGAAAGCUAUCUACUACACAAGUGCACUCCUUAGGGACAUCUUAUCUGAAAACGAAGGUCGUGGGGUUAAGUUUGUGCAUGGAGGUGUUAAGAUGUUCAUGAAGCAAGAUGCCCCGUCUGCGGAGGUUUGCAGAUGGCGAAUACAAUCAGAGGGCAUGCCUAUCAUCGAAGGUUAUGUCGGUCCCGAGCGUGUCGUGCGCUUAAUGAACAAGGAGACUUUCCAUAGGCUCCUAAAGGAGAUGUUCCCGAAGUUCAUCGACGAGGACUGGAAAAAGCUUAACGAAAUUGGCGAGCGGGCCAAGGAAAUUGGUAUGGGUUGCUGUAUUCUCAUCGUCGAGCCCGAUGGAAGCGAUCCAGACUUCUCAGAGCGCAUGGUGCUUCCGCUGUGGAAGAGCUUCCACUCGUUAAACCUGAUGCUGCCAAAGGAGGACCGUUCAGCGAUGCUUCUCCGUGUCUUCAAUGACACUACACCCGUUAUCAACCGAACGUUAAAGGAGUCGGCGAAACAAGAAGAGGAGGCUGCCGAGGCGGAUCCCGAGACCAAGGAAGAUGAGGUCUUGGAAGAUGCGCCCGCAGUCGAAGAAGCUGGCGGCGAAAACGAAACGGCCGAGCAGCCUGGUGAAGCUAACGGUGAUGAAAUGGCGGAAGAUGCCAAGAUGGAGGCUAAUUAGGGAACCUGCCUUGCGUUCCGCCCGUUGUUUAAACCGGUUUAAAUUUGUCCAAGGUUAUGAAUUAAUUUGAAGUUAGUCGAGGACUCGUAUAACACAAAGACAUGGGCGGAAAUGCUGUUUUGUGUUGAUAUAUCGAAAAGCUUCACUUUUUU